AUGACCAGUCGCUCCAUCUCGCCCUUCACCCAAAACCCCACCAUCGAUUUCGAUGGCCUGUCAUGGCCGAGCUCGGGGACAUUAGACCGGUUGAGGGAACGCGAGCAUCCCGAAGAAGCGGAAGCGAGGCUCAAGAAGCUUUCUGGUGCCGUUCGGACCAUUCUCGAAUGCAUUGGGGAGGACCCGGAUCGAGAGGGCCUGCAUGGCACUCCGGAGCGAUAUGCAAAGGCCAUGAUGUUCUUCACCAAGGGCUACGAGGAGAACCUGAGAGACAUUGUCAAUGGAGCUGUCUUCCAUGAGGAUCAUGAUGAGCUGGUUAUCGUCAAAGACAUUGAGGUGUACAGUCUCUGUGAGCAUCAUUUGGUGCCUUUUACUGGCAAGAUGCACAUCGGCUACAUUCCAUCUCGCCGCGUCAUUGGCCUAUCGAAACUCGCUCGCAUUGCGGAAAUGUUCAGUCGGCGACUGCAAGUGCAAGAACGGCUGACGAAGCAAGUGGCCCUUGCCCUCUCCGAAGUCCUGAAGCCGCAAGGAGUGGCCGUGGUGAUGGAGAGUUCCCACCUGUGCAUGGUGAUGCGCGGAGUGCAAAAGCCUGGCGCCAUGACUACAACCAGCUGCAUGCUCGGUGCGAUGAGGAAGCGAGGCAAGACCCGGGAGGAGUUCCUCAGCCUGCUCAAUAGAAAGUGA